AAAUUACCCCCAAACGGUCCCCAGAGACUUGUGGUUUUUAGAAAUCAAUCCAAGCUUACAUUUUCGUCUUCUUCACCUUUUCCUACUGCGUCCCUCCUGCGUCCCUCUCUCUCAUUCCCUUCCUACAAUUUGUCCAUAGACUACGCAUAGAAACUAAUAAAGAAAAAUCCCCGGAAAUGAUUUCAUUUUUGCUCAUCUGUGGAAUUCCCCCAUUUUUCGCCUUGGAUUUCCCAUUCAGAUCCUCUUAAAUCAAUACCUGAUACAGUCAUAAUGCUUUGAUGAUGUUUCCACUGAUAAAUUAGAAUUUUUUUUUUUCAUUUUCCUUUUUAUUUUCUCUGGUUGUUCAUUUCAGAAUUAGGGUUUGUUUCUGUAAUGAGUUUCGAUCCUUUGAAUGGCGACAGUUUCUUCAUGUGUUCUUUACAUCAUUCUUAAUACGUUUAUCCUUUUUAUCAGAAACCCUAGUUUUAUCUUGGGUGAAAACGAUGAAUUAUCCAUCGUCGACUUCGAUUUCAAUUCGUUUCACGGUGAUUACACGCCUCCGUCGCCGCCACCUCCGGCUUCGCCACCCCAUCCUCCGUCGCUGUCGUGUGAAGGGGAUCUUGGCGGAAACGGGUCGUUUGAUACCAUAUGCGAGCUCAAUUCCAGUUUGAAUUUUGGGAAGGAUGUGUAUAUAGAGGGGAUUGGGAGCUUGCAUAUACUUUCCGGUGUAAUUGUUAGCUGCCCUAUGGUGGGAUGCUCAAUUUUGGUUAAUAUUAGUGGUGAAUUCGUUAUGGGUGUGAAUUCAUCGAUAAUAGCGGGUACUGUGUUUGUGGAAGCGCAAAAUGCGAGCUUGAGUGACGGUUCUAUCAUCAAUGUGACGGCACUGGCGGGUGCACCACCACCCCAGACCAGUGGGACGCCAUCGGGAGUUCAGGGCUCUGGUGGAGGGCAUGGAGGGAGAGGGGCGAGUUGUGUUACUGAUAAUACUAAGCUUCCAGAGGAUGUGUGGGGUGGGGAUGCAUACUCGUGGUCGUCACUGGAUGAGCCAAAGAGUUAUGGGAGCAAGGGGGGGACUACAAGUAAAGAAGAGGAUUAUGGUGGGGGUGGAGGGGGGCGAAUUGAGUUUGAGGUGGAAAGUGCAAUUGAAGUUUGCGGGAGUCUCGUGGCAGAUGGAGGUGAUGGGGGUGUUAAGGGUGGUGGAGGGUCUGGUGGCAGCAUCUACAUCAAGGCCCCUAGAAUGACUGGAAGUGGCAGAAUAAGUGCGGCUGGAGGUAAUGGGUUUGCUGGAGGUGGUGGUGGAAGAGUUUCUAUCAAUGUUUUCAGCAGGCAUGAUGAUUUAAAAUUCUUGGUUCAUGGGGGCAGGAGCUUUGGCUGUCCUGAAAAUUCAGGUGCUGCAGGGACAUAUUAUGAUGCUGUUCCUAGGAGACUUAUUGUCAGCAACCACAACUUAUCUACAGAUACUGACACGCUUCUCCUUGAGUUCCCUAAUCAGCCACUUUGGACAAAUGUUUAUGUUCUAAAUCAUGCCAAGGCUUCUGUUCCUUUGCUCUGGAGUCGUGUGCAGGUUCAAGGACAACUUCAUUUAUCAUGUGGCGCAGUUUUGAGCUUUGGGCUUGCACAUUAUGCCUCAUCAGAGUUUGAAUUGAUGGCAGAAGAGCUUUUAAUGAGUGACUCGGUGAUCAAGAUAUAUGGGGCUCUACGCAUGUCUGUCAAAGUGCACUUGAUGUGGAAUUCCAAAAUGCUUAUAGAUGGUGGUGGUGGUGAUUCACUUGUUGCAACUUCUUUGCUUGAGGCCAGCAAUUUAGUGGUUCUCAAGGAAUCAUCCGUGAUACAUUCUAAUGCAAAUCUGGGAGUUCAUGGCCAAGGUUUGCUGAAUUUGUCUGGACCAGGAGAUCUAAUUGAAGCACAGCGUCUGAUUCUGUCAUUAUUUUACAGUAUCAAUGUUGGACCUGGAUCUGUUCUGCGGGGUCCAUUGGAGAAUGCCAGUGAUAAUGAUGUGACACCACGACUCUACUGUGAAAGCCAGGAUUGCCCCAUGGAACUACUUCAUCCACCUGAAGAUUGCAAUGUGAACUCUUCACUGCCCUUCACACUUCAGAUCUGUCGAGUUGAAGAUAUUAUUGUUGAAGGCCUCAUAGAAGGAUCUGUUCUUCAUUUCCACUGGGUUAGAACUGUGGUUGUCCACUGUUCUGGAAUGAUAAGUGCAUCGGGGCUGGGCUGCACAGGUGGGGUGGGCAGAGGAAAAGUUUUUAGCAAUGGCCUUGGUGGUGGCGGUGGGCAUGGUGGCAAUGGUGGGGAUGGAUAUUACAAUGGCAGUUAUAUUGAGGGUGGUGUUGCAUAUGGAGAUGCUGAUUUGCCUUGUGAACUUGGUAGUGGAAGUGGAAAUGUUAGUCUACUGGGUGCAACUGCAGGCGGAGGGAUCAUUGUGAUGGGUUCAUUGGAGCACUCAUUGUCAAGUUUGUAUGUCAAUGGUUCACUUAGAUCUGAUGGACAAAACUUUGGAGAAAAUAUAAAAAAGGGGGAUGAUAGGAUCAUUUCAAACAUGGGGUCUGGAGGUGGAUCUGGUGGAACCAUUCUUUUGUUUAUUCAUACAUUGGCCUUUGCGAAUUCUUCUCGAAUUUCAGCUGCUGGAGGAUAUGGUAGUCCCAAUGGUGGAGGUGGUGGAGGUGGUGGAAGAGUUCACUUUCAUUGGUCUGACAUACCCAUUGGGGAUGGGUAUCUGCCCAUAGCAAGUGUGGAGGGAAGCAUCUAUACUGGGGGAGGACUUGGUAAAGGUCAGGGCCGUUCAGGGGAAAAUGGAACUGUUACUGGAAAAGCCUGUCCAAAGGGCCUCUAUGGGAUCUUCUGUAAGGAGUGCCCAAUUGGUACAUUUAAGAAUGUCAGUGGAUCUGAUGAAGCCCUUUGUUAUAAUUGCCCAUCCCACGAGCUUCCACAUCGUGCCAUAUAUAUUGCUGUUCGAGGUGGCGCUGCUGAAAGUCCUUGUCCUUACAAAUGCGUUUCUGACAGAUAUCACAUGCCACACUGUUAUACAGCACUGGAAGAGCUGAUCUACACUUUUGGUGGGCCAUGGUUAUUUGGUCUUAUUCUUUUAGGGCUCCUCAUUCUGUUGGCCCUGGUGCUCAGUGUUGCACGGAUGAAAUAUGUUAGUGCGGAUGAAUUACCAGCCCUUGUGCCCCCUCGACGUAGCUCUCGGAUUGAUCACUCCUUCCCUUUCCUGGAGUCCUUGAAUGAGGUUUUGGAAACGAAUAGAACCGAGGAAUCCCAAAAUCAUGUGCAUAGAAUGUAUUUUAAUGGACCUAAUACUUUUAGGGAACCAUGGCAUCUCCCUCGCUUUCCUCCAGAACAAGUAAUAGAAAUUGUAUAUGAGGAUGCAUUCACUAGAUUUGUGAAUGAGAUUAAUGGUUUAGCUGCUUAUCAGUGGUGGGAAGGAUCAGUGUACAGCAUUCUCUGCAUUCUUGCAUAUCCACUCUCAUGGUCAUGGCUACAGCGACGACGGAAAAAGAAAUUGCAACGACUUCGUGAAUUUGUUCGCUCAGAAUAUGAUCAUGCUUGCUUACGUUCUUGCCGUUCACGUGCUCUGUAUGAAGGGCUUAAGGUAGCUGCAACUUCUGAUCUUAUGCUUGCUUAUGUGGACUUUUUCCUUGGUGGAGAUGAAAAGAGAACUGACCUCCCUCCUCGUCUUCAUCAAAGAUUUCCAUUAUCUCUAGUUUUUGGUGGAGAUGGAAGUUACUUGGCUCCUUUCUCUCUGCACAAUGAUAAUAUUUUAACAAGCCUCAUGAGUCAGUCUGUCCCACCCACCAUAUGGUAUAGACUUGUGGCUGGUCUGAAUGCUCAACUGCGCCUAGUUUGCUGUGGACACCUAAGGAUAACUUUGGGUUCUGUUGUCAGCUGGCUUGAAACUCAUGCAAACCCUACCUUAUGCACAUAUGGUGUACGCAUUGAUCUGGCUUGGUUUCAGCCAACAGCUUGUGGCUAUCGCCAGUUUGGACUUCUUGUAUGUGCUUCGGAAGAUGAAAGUGUGCCAACAUCUGUUGAAGGUGUAGAUGGAUCUUCAUUUCCUGAGCAUCUGUCACGUACUCGGAGGGGAAAUCUGCCGGAUCAUUUGGGAGCCAGUGAACAUCUAAUCCCUUGUAAAAAGAUAUUUGGAGGGAUAUUGCAUGCUAAGAACUUACAAAAGCUUCAGGAGAAGAGUGCUAUAUGUUACCCCUUCUCUUUUAUCAUUCAUAAUACUAAACCUGUUGGUCAUCAGGAUCUUGUUGGUUUGGUCAUCUCUGCUCUGCUCUUAGGAGAUAUUAGCUUAGUUUUGCUUACUUUGCUUCAGAUGUAUUCUAUUUCACUACAGGAUUUCCUCUUAGUUUUGUGUAUCCUUCCCCUGGGCAUACUGUUCCCUUUCCCAUCUGGAAUCAGUGCUUUGUUUACCCAUGGACCUAGGCGAUCGGCUGGUCUUGCACGUGUGUGUGCUCUGUGGAAUAUAACAUCCUUGAUUAAUGUUGUAAUUGCCUUCAUAUGUGGAUUUUUUCAUUACAAAAGCAAAAAGCAUGUAAACUUUCAGUCCUGGAAUUUUAGCAUGGAUGAAAGUGAAUGGUGGAUGCUUCCUUCUGGACUUGUGCUGUGUAAAAUUAUCCAAGCACGACUCAUCAAUCGCCAUGUGGCUAACCUAGAAAUUCAAGAUCACUCUUUGUAUAGCAAUGACCCCAAUGUGUUCUGGGAGUCAUGAAGGCAUUCACUGACCAGAUACUACAUCCCAAGUCAAGUCAAGACACACCUUUCUCCAUCCCCCCUUUUCAAAUCUUUUUUUUUUUUUUGGUUCCACUCUCUUAUCUCUGGUAUGUUUUGAGAGUGAGGUGAGUGAGUGGCGUUUAAAGGUGAGAGAGUGAGGCAUUAAUUAUUAUGUAUUCCUCCUGGACUCUAUGCUGUAUGUUUCUCCAUUAUAUUAAAAGAAGGCUUGAGCCUAUUCUUUAUA